GUUUUGUUAUAUGAUACCAAAAAUAGAAAAAUUUGGUAGAUGACAAUAAUAACUUCAUUGCCACUCUCAAGUUCGUUCGUUCGUUGAAUCUUAUCUCACUUCUCCCAUUAUUUACAACUGUGGAUAAGCCUUUUAGUCUGACUCAGCUUUCUCAAGAUCCGAAAACACACUGACCCAACCCGGUUCGAUUUUGCUUAACCGGACAAGAUACAUUAAUCUGCCUAAUCUUCAAUUAUUUAAAAGCUAACUAAACGUUAUACGUACUAAUCACUUCUUCCCCUAUAAAUAAACCUUUCUAAUUUCUCAUCUCAAAUCACACUGCAUCACAAAACCCAAAUCGGAACUUAAACCAAAAGACAAACAAAAACGCCGUCGUUUCACGAUGCUUUCUUCUUCCCCAACCUUCUUCGCUACUCCAUUUCUCUCUUCUUCUUCUUCUUCUUCUCCGUCGUUCUCUUCUACUUCACCACCGUCACGCAUUUCCCGGAUCUCGCCGUCGCUUUCUACAACCACCGCGUCCUACACCUGCGCCGAAGAUCUACCGAGAUUACGCCAAAUCCCGCAGCGAUUUUCAGCAACCGCGUCUCUCUACGAGAUCCUUGAAAUUCCCGUCGGCUCGACGAGUCAAGAGAUCAAAUCAGCUUACCGGCGACUAGCCAGGAUCUGUCAUCCCGAUGUAGCGAGAAAUAGUCGGGAUAACUCGUCGGCGGACGAUUUCAUGAAGAUCCACGCAGCGUAUUGCACGCUUUCGGAUCCCGAGAAACGCGCCGUUUAUGAUCGGAGGACUCUUCUUCGGAGCCGGCCGUUAACGGCUGGAUACGGCAGUUACGGUGGACGGAAUUGGGAAACCGAUCAGUGCUGGUAGCGAGUUGACUCGAUGUGUCGAGUUGGUCCAAAACCAUUGAAUUGGUUGUAAUUAGAGCAAACCCAGAGAUUCUGGGUGGUUGUGCCACGUAGGAUCAACACGGUUUAUCGUGCCACGUAGGAUCUGUCGCGUUUUUAGCCUUUGUAUCCAUAAGUAGUAAGUAGUCUGUAUUUAGUAUUUACCAUCUAAUAAAGAAAAUAAAAAUUUAUGUAUAACUUAAAGUGUUCCAACUUAGCAAUCAAUAGUAUGUAGCCUUGGAGAAACAGAUUUUUUUUGUUACAGGUAAGAUUUACAUACUGAAAUCAUAUAGCAUUCUUAGAAAAUUUUAGUUGUAUUAUGUUGUAGUCACCUAAUUUAAAAAGCUGGGAGUGUUUUUUUUCUAGUCGCACAAUCAGCCGACAUCGACAAUAA